UGCGGCCAACAUGACCAGCCUGUCCACGACCAACAGCAACAAAGACUUGUCGUGCAAGUACUCGUACAAAAAGUGUCCUAACCAACGCACAACCAAGCGCAACGGCACCCUCCACACCCUUUGCGAGUACCAUCGCGUCAAAGCCAAUACGCUGCAGCAGGUGUAUGCAAAAAAGAAGAAGGAGGGCACCAUCACCAGCACCACCAGCACCACCACCAAACCACAUCCAGGCCAUUUGAAAGCUGUGCAGCGACACGAUGAACUGUGUCCGCCUUGGCUAGAGUCGAUCGACUUUUCCAAAUCCGAGUUUAUCACGCAAGAAGACUGCGCCAUGCUCCAUGAGCUGUUCUUCCACCCGCAUGUACAUUACACGACUAGUAGCAGCCUCGUCCUAAUUUAAGAAGCAACCAUUCAUCAUAA